ACGCCUAAGCGCCCUCCCCCUGCUUCCCGACGCUGGCUGCGGCGGCUGCGGUGCCGGGCGGGGCUGGCGGCUGCGGGGAAGGCGGAGAGGCGGAAUAUGGCGGACGGCGUGGACCACAUAGACAUCUACGCCGAUGUGGGGGAGGAAUUCAACCAGGAGGCUGAAUAUGGUGGGCAUGAUCAAAUAGAUCUGUAUGACGACGUUAUCUCUCCAUCUGCCAAUAACGGCGAUGCACCAGAGGAUCGUGAUUAUAUGGACUCUCUUCCACCUUCUGUCGGAGAUGAUGUAGGCAAAGGAUCAGCACCAAAUGUUGUCUAUACAUAUACAGGAAAGAGAAUUGCAUUGUACAUUGGGAAUCUUACAUGGUGGACCACAGAUGAAGAUCUAACUGAAGCCGUUCAUUCCCUUGGUGUAAAUGAUAUUUUGGAGAUAAAGUUUUUUGAAAAUCGUGCUAAUGGCCAGUCCAAGGGAUUUGCUCUUGUAGGUGUGGGAUCUGAAACAUCUUCGAAAAAACUGAUGGAUCUCUUACCUAAAAGAGAAUUGCAUGGCCAAAAUCCUGUUGUAACCCCAUGUAAUAAGCAGUUUCUGAGUCAAUUUGAACUGCAGUCAAGAAAAACUACACAGUCUGGCCAGAUGUCUGGGGAAGGAAAAGCUGGGCCUCCAGGAGGGAGUUCACGGGCAACAUUUCCACCAAGUAACAGAGGGAGAGGUCGUUUUCCAGGUGCCCUUCCUGGAGGGGAUAGAUUUCCUGGGCCAGCUGGACCAGGAGGACCCCCACCGCCUUUUCCAGCUGGACAGACUCCUCCACGUCCACCGCUAGGUCCUCCUGGCCCACCAGGUCCUCCAGGUCCUCCUCCACCUGGCCAGGUUCUACCUCCUCCAUUAACUGGUCCUCCUAAUCGUGGUGACCGCCCCCCUCCUCCAGUUCUGUUUCCAGGACAACCCUUUGGUCAACCUCCACUGGGUCCACUUCCCCCUGGGCCUCCUCCUCCAGUUCCAGGCUAUGGUCCUCCACCGGGCCCUCCACCCCCACAACAGGGUCCUCCUCCACCUCCUGGCCCUUUCCCCCCUCGUCCACCUGGUCCACUAGGACCACCCCUUACACUGGCUCCUCCUCCGCAUUUACCUGGGCCACCACCAGGUGCUCCCCCACCAGCCCCACACGUGAAUCCAGCUUUCUUCCCCCCACCAGCCAACAGUGGCAUACCUACAUCAGACAGCCGUGGUCCACCACCUUCAGACCCGUAUGGCCGACCCCCACCAUAUGACAGAGGUGAUUAUGGGCCACCAGGCAGGCGUUUCACUGGAAAUAACAUGUCCAUAAGAGAACAAUUACAUAUGCCAUUGUAUUGGAGACAAACGAAAAAUAAUACUCAAAACGCAGGGAGAGAAAUAGAUGCUGCAAGGACACCUCUAAGUGAAGCAGAAUUUGAAGAAAUCAUGAAUAGAAAUAGGGCUAUCUCUAGCAGUGCCAUUUCAAGAGCAGUAUCAGAUGCCAGUGCUGCGGAGUAUGGAAGUGCUAUAGAAACCUUGGUGACUGCAAUUUCAUUAAUUAAACAGUCCAAAGUAUCUGCUGAUGAUCGUUGCAAAGUACUUAUUAGCUCUCUGCAAGAUUGCCUGCAUGGAAUUGAGUCCAAGUCUUAUGGUUCUGGGUCAAGAAGACGUGAGCGAUCAAGAGAGAGAGACCACAGCAGAUCAAGAGAGAAAAGCCGGCGCCACAAAUCUCGUAGCAGAGAUCGCCAUGAUGAUUAUUACCGAGAAAGAAGCCGUGAACGUGAGAGACAUCGUGAUCGUGACAGAGAUCGUGACAGAGAGCGUGACAGAGAACGAGAAUAUCGACAUCGUUAAGAGGUUCAGGGACUGACUUCUCUUGAUUUGAAGUGUGUCUGAACAUGGUAUGGGGUAAGUUGUAAUUGUGAUGGUCUUGGCCAGCCUCAGUGAGUGUUCUGGUAGCUAUUGUAAACAAUGCGUCCAGUUUCAUGAUACCCCCUCCCCCCCAAAAAAAAGUGUUAAAGGAAGAAAUACCCAAUUUUAAUUUGUUUCCCCCUUAUAGUGUCAAAUGGUUGACAUUGCAGAUCUUUCGUAUAGAUGAAUAGCUUGGGUUGACUGCAUGUGUUUUAUUCCUCUGUGAAAAGACACAAUUUUCUUGCUGUUUUCCCACUCAAAAUUAACCCCACUUGUUUUUCUUUUUACUCAAAAAAAUAUGCUGGCCUUCUGAAACUGACACUGGUUUUGAUUUAAGAAGAAAUGCAAGGAUAUGGAACUCCAUGCCACAGCUAGUUAGGUAUCACACUUUCUUUCCAUACUAAUUUCACUAGUUAGUUGUUGUGGAUCUCUCCCCAACCACAAACUUCUAAUAUGUUUUCUGACCCCAGCUCAUUUCCAUUAGAUUAUUCAAAUCCUUAUAGGUACAAAUACCCAUAGCUUUCAGCAUACCACUAUGAUGAAAUGAAAAGAAUGUUAACCGAGACUCUAGCAGCUAGACCAUAAAUGAACAUUGUGUCAGGUUUUCUUACUAUACAGUGCUAAUGACAAUCAUAUUAAUGCUUGACUAUAAUAGAUUCAGGUUUUUUUCCUCCUCACACUUACUAUGGACUUACCUGCUGAUCUUAUUUUAUUACAUCUAGUAAUUUCCUACUGAAGGAGUGAUGAAGUAAUAGACUGAAAUGUUACUAUUGAGGUCACUUUCUGAGAUCAUACAUUAUCUACUAAAGUUUUAAAUAGGCAUUUCCUCUUCUUUUCACAUAUAAUAAAACCAAUUAGUUAUUAUAGUUUUCUCCUUAUUUCACAGCAGAGGAACUGCAACUUUUCUGUGCUUUCUGUAUUUAUGUACAUACAAGUGCUCCAGUGAUUCAGAGAAAGGGGGAAAACCAUUUAAUCAUAUCUAGGAUACAUAUUCCACAUUUCUGGAGAAAUAGCUUCUGAUAGUUGAUAUUUGACAUCAUCUAGAGGGCUGUAUUUUCCUCAUUCUACAGGCUAAUGUAAAUUUCCAUCACAGCAGGCAGCAUGGCUAGUUGUCAGGGAUAGUGGAAUUUAUAAUCCAGUGCAUAUCAGGGACCAUAACUACUUCAUUUCUGCUGUAGCAUUAAAUAUUGCAAUCUUGUGACAGCUUCAAUAUUAACAAAUAUAUUUUUGUAGUAGUUCUCAUGGGCUAAGAACCCACAUUUCAAACCAAGUUGUUUCUGUAGAUACACAUAGUGGUUGCAAGAAGGUGAUAUAUCUUACAAUUAUAUUUUAAAACCAGCAUGUCCAAGGUAAAGAUUCUUCAAUUACAUUUUAGUUCUGAACAAAAUACUUAACCUGUAUGUGCUAACAUCAAGAUCCAAAGAAUGUGAUUGUGUAUUCUGGGGUGGGAGGCAGAAGUAGGGUGGUUAAAAAUUAAUUUUCUUGUACAGAAGUCCCCUAUGCCCCUUGGCAACUCGUUUUGCAACUGAAGGGAUUUUGAUAUGAUGUGGUAAAUUUGUAGCUAAAUAGAAUAAGGCAAAAUCCCACUGGCCUGCCCCAGCUUGCCUAUAGUAUCUAGAAUUGUGGCCUGGAUAUUAUAUAAAAGGUUAGAAAGUUUAUUAAAAUUAACAGUUGCUGACAUAUUCAUAUUGUUUUGAUCUCAAAAUUUAUUAAAUUUCAGUGACAUCUUUUAGCCCAACUAGGUUAUGCAUUGAGACUAAAGCAGUUCAAACAAUUUGAAACAAUUCCUUGCAAUGAUGUGUCUACUUUGUGUGCUCAGAAUUUCAUAACCAACACUGAAGUUAGAGUAAACAUCUAUACUGAAUUUCAGUUAUGCAGUUCCUCUACUGUAAAUCUAGGCAUUACUGAUUGAUUAUUGAUCUUAUUGUGAAGACAUACUUCAGUUGCCUUGGUUAUAAUAAGUAACCACUUUGCUUAAGAGCAGCUGUGGAUAACUUAUGGCUCUGUUGUUGGAUUACAAUACGCAACAGUCCUAACAUUGCCAAAGGAGAACUGAUGGGGGCUGCAGUUCAGCAAGCCCCGGAGGGACUGUAAGGUUCCAGCCUCACUGUAACAACUGGGAAUCUUUAUUGUACAUGACCAGAGAUCCAAUUCUGAUCAGUUAUUUGAAACCAUUGGGACACAACUGUGCUUAAAAUGAGCAUGUGUCACUAGUAUGAGUAUCAUAUCUCAGUGUAUAAGCAUAAAAUUCCACAUACAUCUUUUUAGCCUCAUAAUAUUUAGAAGGGAUUAAUGUGCAUAACUUCCAAAGUAUGCGGUUGGAAAGACAGUGGGUAUUUAGAAUAGCUACACUUUCAAGUGGAUGUACUUUUAUAUACAUGGAUAUAAAUUAAAAUUGUUUCAUAAGAAAAUCAGCAGUACUUGCUUUAGUAAAAUGGUGUAAGGUACUAAAUGUCUGCUGGAAGGAGAUACAAUAUAAAUGGAGUGCUCUGUGUUGAUCACAUCACUAUAAAAGCAGUCUGUUACCUUAAAUGAUUUUUGGUUUCUGUAAAGUUGAAACUGUUUCUCUAAUAGAUGCAUAUUGCGGUCAGAGCUUUAAAUUGUAUGUAAUUAUACAAUCUGUAUUGUUUAGAAGUUCCAGAAUUUAUACACAGGAUGAGGUUGAAGAAACAAAUGUUGUUUUCUGUGUUGGUUAUAGAAAAGCAAAUUUCUUCAUGGCACACAGGUUAGAUUAUCAGGCUGAGUUUCAACUACAUGCAUGACAUAAUUUGUAUGUUCAUCUAAAAUUCCAGUACCUUAUCCUAAUACAGUAAGGUAAUAUUAUUGAUGAAUGAAUUCAAAAGAAAGACUUUAAAAUGAAAUUUGAUUUUAUAUAUUCAUUUAAAUUGGAUGCUGUAAGUAGUAGUCAGAUGUUUUACUUAAUUGCUACAAUGUUAAAUAUUGGUGUAUCCCCUUGUAAGUCAUGAUUAAGUAGACAUAAUUGUCUUUCUAGUGGCCGAGUGACACAGCUUUAUUAUCAGUGAAUUAGCAUGUGACAUUGAACUAAAAUGUAUAAAUGACACUAAACAUAAUGGCCUGGAUUCUGUUGCUAAUCCUGACUAGAGUAGAAUCAUUGAAUCAAUUGGAUUUACCUUUGUAUUGACUAACUAUUCAGCCAAUGAUUAAAUGAGUCUACUGUAGUUGGGGCUAACCAACAGAAUUCCACCCGUGACUUACUGGGUAUUUAAAAUAUUUUCACCAUAAAUGAAACAGUGAGGUAUUUUAAUUACAGUGGGCCUGCCAUAUCAACAGGCUAACUAUCUGCAUCUAGCUGUGCCCCAUCAAAGUUAGUGUGACGCAUGCAUGCAUUUGCGCCAACACAAAGGUUCGUGCAUUGCCUUCCAAAGAUUUGUGUGAAUUGGAGAUCCACUGAUAUUUUGUAUCGGGGGGGGGGGGGGCCAAAUCCUGGGUGAUAUGGAGAGCACACUGUAAUUGUGUUGGCUUGGAGCCAAAGAUACUGCUCAUUUCUUACAAAUAACAGUUUCUGACAUAGUGGAAGAAUAUUAUGGGAAAAGUGACUCCUAAGUCCAGAGGAAAUAGUCUGCACAAGCACUUCUAAAAGACUUUGAACAAAUGAGUUCUCGAAACAUUUUUGUGGUCUGCCAGAAUCUGUAAAAUAUACUUUAUUUCUUUUUACUAUUUUUCUGUAACACAACGAUUGGUACAUUGAGGUAGUGUACUGGGGAAAGUCUCCUGUUAGCUCUUGGGCCAGUUGUCAUCUGACAGUACAGAUUCAUUUUCUCAUUCUUCUCAUAAUUCUUUCAAUCCAAGCCACUGUCAUUCGUGCUUAGUGUACAUUGACAGUAAUUAAUUGAAUCUGCAGCAUCUUUGAACUUGGAUGCAUUUUUCUAGAUUUCUUGUUUGCUUAUUGAACAGUACUCUGUAUGAUCUCAAAGUGAGUUUUCAUAUGGGUUUCAAUAAUACACUGAUUCUUUAAUAUACAUUGACAAUGUACUUCUGGCUCCUACUUGGAUAUUUUGAAUGAUUUCAUGAAAUUCUGUAUUUUUUGUUAUGUCUUUUGUAUAUUGUCAAUAUAAAAGUACAAGAAAAUUGUGAAUAUUUUACAUGUACUUAUUUUCUUGUACUGGUCUGCUAGAAAUUUCAGCAGAUUUUGUGCAAAUAACCAGCAGAUCAUGAAGCUAUUUGUGUUGAAACAUACACCUAUCUAGGUGAAAAGUAACAGCAGCAUGAAUAUGUAGCAAUAAAACAAAUAAUCCCAAAUUUUAGGACUGAAAUCUACCCAUGAAAACUGUAGAUCAUUGCUUGCAAUGAGCUAUAUGCUUUCAUUUUUAUGCUUUCUCCUACCCAUGUACUUUUCUUGGUAGGAGAUACGUAAUUUUUGAACUUCUCACACCUUGGGGCUGAUGUGAUGUGGAUUGAAAAUAAAAUAGUUAACCAAUUUCAUAGAUGCAACAUGGAUUGACUUUUUUUAGAGUGAUUUGUUUUUAAAGCCAAAAUUGACACUCAUCUGACAUUGAAUAGAAUUGUAUGUAUAGUUUGAGUUCCAUUUGACACAACGUUUAUCUAUACUGUGUUCUCAAACCAUUAUAAGCAAAAUUUCAUAUUGUAAAACAGUAUGAAUUCACAAAACAAAAGAUUAUUUUUGGUCAGGUUACAUUAAAUGUAAAGUUUAGGAUUUAAAAAAAUGUUUAUAUGCUUGUCAUUUCUAUGUUUAGACCAUUACAGUAAUUAAAGAACUCUGUUGCAAGCCUGUAGCAAAACAGCUUCCAUCCCUAGAAAGGAAUUUUUAAAAUCUCCCCAUUCAUACUCUCUUCGGUGUGUUUAGAGUAUUUGGAGUGUUGGAACCUCCUUAGCCUGCCUUACGCUAGAAUUGAAAGGAGUUACAUGCAUAUAGGUCCAAUCUAUAAAAGUCUGAAGCUCUCAAAGUCAAAUUGCAAUGGUCAUGGUGUUCCAUUUUCACUAUACAAAAACACUGUGCAUAUUAAAGCACGGAAUAGGGUAAUAAUGUGCUGUGUGUCAAAUGAACGAGCCUGUAUUUGCUUUACUGUUUGUUCAUGAUACCACUAAAUCUUAGUAACACAAAUGGCUGUUUUCAAUGCCUUCUUUCAUAUAGAUCAAGGGUGGGAAACAUGCAGUCCAUGUGCCAGCCUUGAUGAUCCUGGAUCCCCAGACCUCACUGAACCUCACCCCCUCCCACAAAAGUUCUGUUACUUUUUUUGCCUGAAAGUAUGAUCUGAGGAAUGCAGUUUUAGUUCAGAAGGUAUUUUGAGGAACUACUCAAAAUUAUCCCAGAAAUACCCCCAAGGAGCCAGAAUAAAUUUCAGAUGGCUGCUGAGAGUAACAAUGCAGCCUGCCAGAACCAAAAUUAGCCCACAGACUGCAGACACAUGCCCAGAAAUGAUAGAAAUGGACAGACGCUAUCCUUUGAUUAGUCAUUAUUGUUCCCUCUCUAAGAUCUAAUGUUUAUUAAUGAAAUGGUUAGAAAACAGGGUUUCUUAGCAAAGAGACAAAGUCGCAAUAGUUAAGCUUGUCCCCCUUUCAUGAUACCAAAAUCUAUUCUAUUGUAUUUAAUUAUUUGCUGGGUGGUACUUCUUUUAAGGUUAACAUUAAUAAUAAGAGGCAUAUUACUUAUUUGUAUUUGAAAUUCUCAAUGUGGGAGAUCAUAUCUCUUCCUGCUGUGACAAAUUCAUUUAUGGUAUUGGUUGUGCUGAUACUAUUUGGAGCUGGUAAUUGAAAAAUGUCUUUGCAUCAUGUAGAUAUGUUCACCUAUGAAUUUGGCAAGUUUUUGUUCUAGUUUGUCAAAAUUUAAACUACUGUAAUGAACAAUAAUCCUGUGCAUGUUAGUAAUUUUUUUCUGUUCAGUUUGUGUUACUGGUUUUCUGUUAAUCCAGUUUUCUUAUUGAUCCUGUUUUUCAUAAUCAUAAGUUAUGAGUACAGCUUUGUUUAGUAAAUGCACAACAACCUGUUUUGACUACUUUGCCUUUUCUGGGAUGACUUAAUUUUAGAGAAGUACACAAAUGGUUGGGAUAUUUUAUUGAGCAGGUGAAUCGGAGAGACUCUCUUUUGCUUACUGUGGUUUGAGAACGAAUUGAUUUAAAAAAAGUUUUGUUCAUUUUAUUGUUGCACUGUUAGUUUUUGUCAUGCCUUACUGUGAAUGUUAAUUAUGAGUUACAAGUUGAGUGUAACUAAAUUGUGUAGUUCUGGAGGGUGGAUGUUUUGUGAAGUAAAUCCUUGCUGAGAUUAUAUUUUUGUGUAUUGAGUGGGGUGAAAGUUUGACUAAGCUGUGAUUUGGGCUGCACCUGCACUGCAGAAUUAAUACAGUUUUAUACCACUUUAACUGUCAUUGCACCAUCUCAUGGAAUCCUAGGAUUUGUAAUUCAUUGUGGCAGCAGAGAUAUCUUAAGAGAGAAGGUUAAAUUGCUCACAAAACAAUAAAUCCCAGAAUUCUUUAGCAUUGAGCCAUGGCAGUUAAAGCAGUGCCAAGCUACAUUAUUUCUGCAGUGUGGAUGCAGCCUUGAUAAUGUCAACUAAGGUUAUGUAUGUUAUACUACACACCUGCAAACCAUAGACAAAGCACAUAGCAUUUAUAUUCUUAUUAGAAAUAUAAAUCUGUAUAAGUAGCUUCAGAAAUGUGGUCCAAAUGUUUUUGGCCAUAAAGCAGAUUUUAAUUUGGAAGCAUGCAUUACUAAAUUGAUAGUUUCCAUUAGGCAUAUAGAGAAAUUGGAAAGCAUAAAUUUAUAUUGAUGUACACAGCUGGAUGCAUUCCUUCCCCAGAAAAGGAGUUAAAUAGGAAAAGAGUCUGAAUGGGGAAAGUGUCUGUAAUAUAAAAAGUUAGUUAGAAAAACAGAGUGCCUUAUUUGAAAUUAGGUUUAUGUAGAAACCACGCUGAUUACAGAAAACUUAAUGAGGCACAAAUGUGAGUUGAAAUUAUUGUGUUAUGUGUAACCACAAAAUAAGAUCCUGUAUUUUAUGUUGCAUUGUGGAUGUUACGUCUUAUGCAAGAACUGUAUAUAAUUCAACUUACAUUAUGGACUUUGAAUUGAAAGAAUAAGUAAAAGGGAAAUCUGAGCCCUUGCGGAUGUAAAAAUUAAUCAGUGUUUAGGAAUUGUGUGCCCAUAAGAUUGCAUACCAUUUUACAUAAUAAGGUUUUCUCCAUCUUGCACAAAUCCUCCCUGCUCUCUUCUCUAUUUGUCAUUGCAUUAAAUAUUUUCCAGUCAUUGGUCAUUCCCCAGCUUAAUUGUUGUUUCCAAGUGAGUUUAGGAACAUCAGAAGAAUUCAUUUAUCCAAGGUUGAUAUAAGCAAGCAUUGCCAAGCUAGUUUAGUUGCUAGAGAGAAGUGAUAAAAGAGAAGGAUCUGGCUGGGAGGAUGGAGCAAAGAAUGUGGUAUCACAUGCAGUUCCUAAACCUUGUUUAUUUUUGCAUCUUCAGUUAAGUGGUUAGUAGCAACAGAUGUUUGAGUACUCAAAAGUCGUUAAGGUUUUGUUGCUGUCUAGUGAAGCUUUUGCACAAAAAAGGUGUGAGAUUUAAAAUAUACACUGAAAUUUGCCUAAUAAAAAUGACUAUAGGAAAUACACUCAUACUUUAAUAUGAUUUUUGAAGACAGAUAUGAUCUGCUUUUGUAAUGGAGGGAGAUAUUCUAAUACCGAUGUCAUAUUAAUAUUCUGAAGCCCUUGGUGCUAAGAAUUUUAAUAGAAAUGUAAAACUUCACUGAACAGCAAUAUUUUUGUACAGUUGUAAACUAUUAUUACUUUAAAUCAUUGCAAACAUUUUCAAAUUAUGAACAAAAGUUUACAGCUUGAUAUAUUCUAUGAUACCAUUUUGUCACAAUCUACAGAAUAUUGAAAUCAUUUGGUGUAGCUUUCAUAGAUUACCUAAAGUAGAAGUCAUUAAAUCCAAAUUUAUUGACCUAUUUAUCCACAAUGAAAUAAAGAACAGAAUGGGUGUUAACUCCUGAUAAAUUUUGAAAACUUUUCACAUCAUUAAAUAUUUAAUUUGUGUAUUGAUACUUCUUUAAAAAAUGUGUUCAUUGUAUCAGGUGAAAACUGGGCUAGGUUCUUAGUAUAUCAUGGUUAGAUUAAAUCUCAUUUAACUGUUCAGUAUUUCUUUAGAAGUGGUAGAUACCUGAUUCCAGCUGAAUACUGUGUCCGCAAGUGUGGAAAACCUUAUAGCAGUUCUGCAGCUGUCAUUCUACUCUUCUAAAACUGAGAUUCUGCAGGUGCACUAAUAACUUUUUCUGUCCAUUGGCUCCUGUUGACACACAGUUUGAUGCACCUUGCUAAGUUUUAAAAUGAAUUAAGGAUUUGGUUGCAUCAGAAAGCACUAUACCUAGUAAUUAUUGAUUAAAUCAAAAUUAAUGAAAGUUAUCUGCCAAUCCUGCAUACCGAGAACAUGAAUGUCUAGACAUUCUUAAAAGUAGUGAGUGCAGGGAGAAAAAUAUCUAAAUUUUUCAUUACUAUCAUGAAUUUAUUUUCUAAUCAAAAUAGUAUUAAGCAGUAAGAAUGACAGCUGCAUGCUACUGUACAUUCUGAAAUUCUUGAUCCACAUGUCUGCACUUGAAAUUACUUACCAAUGUGUAUCUUUGCAAAUAUUUUGCUUUUAAACAGUACUUUCAUAAAAGUUUUUGGGAAAUGAUGUGGAUUACUUACAACUUACUGCUAUGUAGUUAUUGAACCUACAACUUUAGUUGAAUCCACUUGUUAGUUCCAAGUAAAGUGUGUUGACUUAAUAAGGCUCCCUAUUCACUGGAGUCUCUUUCUCACCAAACGGUUACAGCACUUUGUUACCACUUUAAUUGUCAUAGUUCCAUCUUACAAAAUCAUGGGAUUUAUAGUUUCAUAUUCAUAACUCUCUGCCAGAGAACUGUAUUGCUUCACCAAAGUACAAAUCCCAGGAUUCCAUAGGAUGCUUCCAUCACAUUUAAAAUGGUAUAAGGUUCCGUAAUUAUGUAGUGUGUUCUAGUUGUAACUAAUGAUCAGACCAAUUCCCUUAAUUCGGAUUAUUGGCAGUAUUUGCUUUCAGGCUGCAAACAUCAGUUUCCUUACUUGGGUGUAAACACUACUAAAAUUAUUUUGAGUUUGCUUCCAACUAAAAAUGAAAUUAAAAUACACAUAUGUAAAGCUACCUAAGUUUGUGCAUCAGCAUAGGUAGUUGUGAUUCUUCAACUUUAUUUCUAAAACAAGAUCUAUUAGAGGCUUCCUAUACCCCCUUCUUUAGCAUUUUAACAACUAUAUGGUAUCUCAUGUAGAAAUGUAGCUCACACUUGUUAAACAAGUAGAAUUGCUGUUGGCAACCUUGAUUUUCCAGUGUGAGUAAUUUAUUUGCACCUGUAAAGAUAUGUGUAUAUGCACCCAGGAAUGCUGAUUGGCUGGAGUACUCUGAUGCAUAGACACAGAUGUUUAAAGAUGUAAAUACUUCAGCUGUGCUUUACAAUUUUGCUGAGGGAAACACCAGUCUUACAUGUGCCACUAUCAUUGUUAACAAAAAUGUGGAGCCUCACUAAAUUUCAUUGACCUGGAUCCAAAGAAAUGUGUUCAAGGACUUGAAUUUCUUGGUUCCUGAACACAUACCCCUCCCCAUUUGCACCUUAUGACAAAUUUAUUUUGAAAGUGAAGGGAAUUUCAAUAGCACAUUUUUGGCCUAACUUAAGUCUUUGGAUCUCGGGGUGCUUAUUUGAGUGCAACUUGCUUAAUAUGGAAGCCUUUGGAUCUUUUGUCUGAAAGAUCUUAGGGUCUUCCAAGGCACAAAUAGCGCUCCAGUAUGAGUAAGGCACUGUUCCGAAAUGGUUCCUAUCCAUUGCAGAGGCAUUACAUUUUUUAAAUUUAUUUUUUAUUUUUAUUUUUUUGCUAUAAAGAUUUGACAGAAUGAGAGCUGGUUCAGAUAUCCCUAGCUUCCAUCAGCUCUUGAGUGGGCACAAUAGCUCUGCAACAUAUUUGUGAUUUAUCAGGGAGAUAAACUGCUGGCUUAGAAUUGGUGUGCAAUUUACCUGUCAUGUAGGCAUUUAUUUUUAUAUGUGUAAAUAAUUAUUUUUAUUUUACAAAUAUGGUGUAUAAAACACGAUAGAGGCUUCUGCAUUAUUUUUAUAUGUUCAUGAUUUUUACUCUGGAGGAAUGUUCCUACUUACUGUAAGUUUUCAUGAAACUUUCUGUAGCAUUUUGACCCUAAAUGCUGUAAGUCAUUAUAAACUAUCCAGUUGUCAUUUAUUUUCAAGCAAGUACCUGCUAUCUCCACAUUCUUGUGUUAGUUUUCCAUUAUGGUGAAAUAGAUCUGAAAAGCACGAUUUGUGUAUGUAUAGUUAAACCAACCAUUUUUUGCUUGCUGUGGGAUCUAGCAAAAUCUACAUCACAAAUUUUGACACAUUACAGCUGAAGGAAGAAGAACGCCUCACCAGACAAGAAACUAAACUUCGUGGAAAGAGGCUUGUCCUGCAGUUUGCAUCUUGUGAUCGAACAGACCCUGUAAAGAUUCAUGGAUAAAAUGAACAGGAAUAGAUCUGAAUAAGGCAAAUCUGCAUACAUGGUAACCAGUAGAUCUCUUACCUUUUUAUGUUGCUUAGCUGUUUUAUUUGAAGGAACCUGUGUGAUUUAAAACGUAUAGCUUUUUGCAACUUUAUUACUGGUUAUAUACAUUUGACAAUUAAAAUGUGCAAGCAAUUGGAAAACAGUCACGUAAAUGCUUGUUUUUAUAGUAGUUCUUGUUUAAAUGUUCAAAUGAUAAUGUCUGUAAAAAGCACCAAUUUGAUUACAAUAGAUGUAGUGUUGUAAUAAACCAUUUAAUGGGGCUGAUGUGUUAAGCUGUUCAAGUUAUUUGAUGUUUACACCUCAGGGAGCGUCUUGUGUUUAACAAUAUUUAAUGGUGUUAAAAUGUCUCUAACAAAACAUUGCAUAUUUUUUGCAUAUGCAUCAACUUGUUGUAUUUGGUGAAUGAAUAGCAGUUGUGUCUAGCAUACAAUGUUACUAGAAUAGUGGUAUUAAUUGAUAGCUAUUAAUUGGUAGCUAUUUUUGUAUGGAUGGGUUGAAUUUGCUGAAAGGUAUAUAAAAAUGUAAAAACUGUACAUAGUAUUCUGUAAUCCAAAAAAUAAGAACUUUCUUUUGAGAAGAUGAAAUCUAAAACUAAAUUUUGAUCAUAAUGCCAAGUUCAUAUGGACACAAAGUUGGGAAAAUAAUUGGUCACUUUCAAAUGAGUUGCUUGCAGCAGUUUUUUUAAAAUGCUUAUGUCCUGCCUUCAGAGUCUGUACAUAGUUGUAUGCCAGUUAAAAGCAACUUGAAGAAAAUGUUUCCCACUUGAAAAAUAAAAAAGAUCAAGAUUUCAGAAAGGCUUUUCAAAGCAACAUGACUCAUGCAUUAACAAGGUGCAUAUACAUACACCCCCUGUAUAACUAAUAUAGUAUUAAUUUGCCUUAAUAAAUGGACAUUUAAUGCACUCCUCAAACUAAAGAAAGUAGAGUUUACAUAUAUGUUGGACAAGUAUGUUGCUUGCUUUGUAGUCUUAAAUUUUCCUUGUGAGAUUACACUAGUACCUGCCUGGUUUCUGGUUAUUUCAAAAUACUAUUAUAAUUUUAAAUGUUUAUUCAAAUACCCUGGGAUUUUAUAGCUAUGGACUCCUCAAUUAGUGGUAAAAUCUUGCAUAUGAAUUACUCACACAAACACAUAUGCAGAGUAAUAUCACUCAGAAUACAGAUUUGCUCUAGGACAUAAAAUUCAAUGAAAGCCACUUCACAAAUUUUCAGAAUCAAAUUUGACCUUGUCACAAAGCACAAUUUGACAAACUGUGACCCAUCAUGUUUUUCUACUCAGCACAUUUGUACAAUAGUUCUUUUUAAAAUUUAUUGGCACAUAUAGAAAACAAGUAUAUGACUAGAAGGCAUAAUGCAUCAAGUGGUUGGUUCUUAGGCUGUAGUCUGUGAGAUUAUCUGGGAGUAAAUCCUCUGAGCCUAAGGCUGCUUCUUAGUAGGCGUGCAUAAAGUUGGGUUAUAAGUUUCUGCUGAAGUUACUGGGGAUGAUCCAGACACAAUCAUACUUGGAGUAGAGCCACAAAAAUAAAGGAAACAUAAUUUUGCCAUGAAUAACCUAAGUCUCAUUGAUAGCAGUGGAUCUACCUUAGGUAAGAUUUAUGUCUGAACCCAAACCUGUUAUUUCAGAAGACUGUAUUCAAUAUAACUAAAAAUUUAUGCAUUCGCAAGAAGUAUCUUUGUCACUUGCAUAAGUGAGGCCAGUGGAAUUGGCUGUUUCACUUUUUGCCAGUAUAUUUUAAAUUGUGUGUAACUAGAGUUGUGUGGAUGAGUUAAAACUUCUUGUUGAAGAGUUUUAAUGAAUAACCAUUUAUAUAAAAAUUGCCAUUUAAUUUUUGAAAAUUGGAAGUUAUCGUGAUUUACUUCUAUUUGUUAAUAGGUUUUGUUGGUCCGAACAUAUUUCUUAUGUCAAAUGUUUAAUUUCCUGUGAGAGACGUAUUUGGGCUGAAUCUACACUCUUGGUUAUGUGAAGAUGACAAUUCCUAAAUCCCCUUCAGCUUCUGAUUUGUUUAUACAUUGAAAGGGUGACUGAGAAUUUGAAAUGAAUGGGGAAAAUCAUGAAUUCCUGUUUCACAUUAAUUUUUAAUGCUGGGAUCAGAGUUCAUGUAAUUUAUGUGUUGAAGUUUUUUCCUUUGUUUGGACAUGAAUAGAAGUGUGGCAUUUCCCUGAGAGAAUCAAUCUGCGAAUGAUUCAAAAUAAUGAAGAAGUGGGAUGUUGCUGAAAUACUGUGUAAUUGCUUGUCAGUUGGGUAGUUACUCAGCUCUAAAAAUACAGUAUAUUAUUAAUUGUAAUUAACUGGAUGGUGGGCAGAGAUUGUGGAUUGAAUUGUCUUGGAAAAUAACAAAAACUGAAGGAAGUGCAGGUAAGUGAGAUGUGCAUAUCAAUACGUUUUUGUUUGAGAAAUAAUUUUAGAUAUUCACUAAUCGAAAUCAACUCUAAGGCAUAAUUGAGCUUUUGGGAGCAUAACAUUUUAUCACUGAUCAACGAAGAUACUGUUUUGUAUAAAUGGUCUUACAUAGUCUUCUCAAGUUUUCCAUUGCAGGCAAUGGAUCUGCCAAAAAUCAAAUCUGAUUGAUUUUGAUAACCUUUUGAUAUGUGUCGGGUGAAUAGGUCUAAUGUACCUAGUAUAGUCCUAAUCAUUGUCUUGUGAAUAAAAUGUAUUUUCUCAAAUGAGAAUUCUUCUAAAUUCUCGGUACAUUUUAAAAAGAGGUCCAAAGAUUUUUUUUAAAGAAAAAGAAGGCAUUCCACAUGCAAUAAGCUCUAAAGAGAAAUCUGUACAUCAUCUUUAGGCUUGUUAACACUACAAGCUCCCUCAGGAAGGGGUUAUUGAAGUGGGCUUUAAUGACUUACUUAAUCAGCUACUGGAGAAUGUAAAUAAUGUGCAGGUACUUGAUACUUUGUAUAAAGGCUUUCAUAGUGAAAUCAACUGUAUUUUAUGGGUUUUUUUAAAAAAAAGAGAAAAGGGGAAAAAAAGAUUAAAUAGUUACUUAAAAGAUCUGAUUAAUGCCCCAGAUAUUUGAGUUGUCAUCUGCCUGCAUUGCCAGUGUAACAUGAGUUUCCAGUGUGGACACAUUAUAGAGUUUGGUACUUCUGACAACAUCCAGAAAUUUAAUUGGCUGAGCAAAUAGUUAAUUUUUCUUCUACUGUCUUGAGCUAGAAUUCAAAGACAUGGCCAUGUUAAUCUUGAUCAGUAUGCAAAAAGAUCUUACAGCAUCUUUGAGAUUAACUGAGAAAAGCAAAGUUGGGAGCAUUCUUUGAGACUUAAUGACAGUUUCUGCUAGCAAUGUCUUUCUCUGUCUCAAAGGUAGUACAAGAUCCCUUUGUAUAUUGAGCUAGUAAUAAUACCUGGAGAAAGUCUGGAGAAAAUGUUUUAGACAAAGCACUUUUAAAUAGAGUUGACAAACAAAUAUGCUGCCUUUUCUUCUUAUUCAGAUGUCAGACCAGAUGGCCUACUAAGCAGUGGGCAUAUGAAGCAUAUUGGUGUUUAAAUUUCUGAGUGGUAUUACCAGAGAAAAUCCUGAUUUGUUUGCCAUUACUCAGUGUGUAUCUUAACUGCUUUGAAUUAUUUUCAGUAUGUUUAGUUACAUACUUAAGUCUCUUCUUUCCUCACCACUAUAAAUUUCAGGUUUUAAAUGUGUGUUGACAUCAGUUUUAAAAAUUCCUUGUUAAUAUUGGAUGAUGUUUCAUUUUUCACUCAUGUGCAGCUUAAGCAUACUUCCCAAGUUUUAUAUAUAGGAUCUUAUUAGUCACACUGUUUCCCUGUUUGAUGUAGACUGAUGUAAAGAACAUACAGUCUUAUAGUACAGCUUUUAAUGUUACAUCAUUAAAUGUCUUGUGUAAAAUGUACAUUUUACUAAUACUUUAACUAUUUUAAAAUGUUCAAGUUCUUGAAAAUAACAUCAUUAACAGGUUUUAAAGGGAGAGGAAGCAGCAGAAAGUAUUGAUUUACUAUUUGGGUAGCUAAUGCAAGGGUGGGUUUUUUUAAAAAAGAAAUACUGUAUAUAUUCACUAUCAGCACAUCUUUUCUAGGGGGGAGAGAAUAAUACACGUGUAUCUGUAAUUUAUGAAUACAUGUUCUUUUCCUCAUCUAAGUGCAUGCUGCUUAGUCCCUUUCUAAUUAAGAAGUCUUAGAUUAAAUAAAAAGAAUGCCACUCCAUGAAUAUAUCUUGUAUUUUCUGAGUCAACUUUUUUGAAUUUGAGUUGAUAUCUUAUUCUAAUUGAGAAUCAUAUUAAGCAUAGGUUUUUUCCACUUAUUAUACUGACCUAUAUCAGUGCUUCUCAGGCAAUGUGAUGUGGGUGGAGGCCUGGAAUUAUUUUUUACUAGUUUGUGAGGGACUGAUAGCAUAUUUGUGCUUGGCAGGUACAGCUGUUUCUUCAAAACCUGCCACAGACCAGCUCUGGUUUAGGUUUCACAACGUUUGAGUAGCACUGGCCUAAAUCACACUGAGGUGGGGAAUCUGGUAGCGCGUAUAUAUAUAUAUAUAUAUAUAUAGAGAGAGAGAGAGAGAGAGAGAGAGAGAGCACUCUUUGUGCCAUUCUUGUCACUUUACUACUCUCCCCUUCAUACUUGUUUAUAUAUAAGCAAAACACACACAGAACUAAUGAAGAAGCAGUUUCCAGAGUUAGGAGAGCAAAGGGGAACUUGCAGUGUCAACAGCUUUAUGGUGUUAAGGGUUAAGUUAGACCAAAGGUGGCAGGUUUUUCACUGCAGUUGUACAUUGUUACUUUUGUUUGAAGUUUGAGCAAAUGACGCAAAACAAAAGUUAUAGUAGCAAUCUCGCAUUUUACACUAAUAAGUUAAUGUAUUUAAAUGCUGCUUUGAGAUAUCAUUUUUGCUAUCAUGCACAUUAUACAAAUAGAUUAAAUAAUAAUUUAGAAUUUUUGUUUUCUGUGAUUGGCUUUCUAAAUAUAAAAGAAUGAAUUAAGGUUACACACUGCAAGCAUACUGAAUUUAAAAGGAGAAUUUUAAAAAUACAUUUUUAUAAAUACACUUUUCAGUGCCUUUAAAUUCAGCAGACUGAUUCAAGCUUCUUUACAUGAUUUAGCUUACAGUUCGGCUACAUUGUAUCUUACCCACAUGUAUACCUACCACUAAUAAUUUGUAUACCUAAAGGACAGUUUGCUAUAUUGCAGGUUUUAUACCCGCUAGUGCAUGACCAAUUUUUUAAAAGUACGUAAUGAUUAUGACCUAAUACAUGGUUCAUUUGGUAGUGUUGCAUUUCUUGACACUGAAAUGUCAUCAUAAGGUAAGCAGGUAACCUACCACAUUUACAUAUGUAGUGUAACCUCCCCCCAUCUCUCUCUUGAAUGUAACUCCAUUUCACUUUUUCAGAACUCAUUUCACUUUUACACUUUUUAAUGCUUCAGUUAUCUUAAUUACUUUUCUUUCCAGUCUUCAGGUGACUGUUAGGAUUUGGUCUUUAAACUGCAAAAGAAGUUACCUUGUGUUGGAGAAAAAUAAAAUUUGAUAAAUCUUUAA